AUGCAUCUCAUUCAGUAUGCCGUCGAGGCUGACGGGCCCGGCCUGGCUCAAGUCAAUGUCGAAAGCUUCCAAGGCCGCCAUCUACUUGCUCGAAUGUUUCCAACAGCCAGUGUCCCUCGCAUGGUGGAAUAUAAAGCAAAGGUCGGCAUGAAGCAUCUCGCAAACCCAAAUAUGCAUGUCCUCAAAAUCCAUGACGAGGCAAGCGGCGAAUUGGUCGCAUAUAGCCGGUGGAUGAUUCCCGAGGCUCUAGGUUACGGUCCAACGGUUCCUACAUUGAGUGAGCAGGCCAUGGAAUUCGCCAAAGACCCUGUUCAAUAUGCGCCUCAGCCAAUGAGAGAAGAUAUCUUCAAUGCCUUCAAACAAAUACUGGAGAAUGCCCGCAAGCGAUACACAACAGAGAAGGACAUUGUGCUUGACUUGCUAGCAACUCUUCCGGCAUAUCAGGGACAAGGAUAUGGCUCUGCUAUCUUGAAAUGGGGAAUUGAAAAGGCCAAUGCUUCGAAAUCUCGCAUCUUCCUCGAGGCGACACCCGAAGGUGUACCUCUGUAUUUGAAGUAUGGAUGGAAGCAAUUGGAGGAGGUAACGAUGGACUUUGAGCCAUUCGGAUGCGAUGGUAGUGAAUCAUUCUAUCUUAUGAUGAGAGAUCCCUUAUAG